AUGAUCCGGUCACGAGUGAGAAUACCACGCCUGCGCGUGUUGGCGCCGCAGCUCGCCUCGCAGCAACGCUCCCUCCACAGCGUCCCCAAGCUGGACCACGACUACUCCGAAGGCGUGCCGGGUCUCUUUUCCCCCGACGGCUUCCACAUGGCGUGGACGCAGCAGAUGACCUAUACUCUGGAUAAGCUCAAUGCUCUCGUGGCAGGAACCGACCUCGAGACCCGCGACACGAAACAGAUCCUCCACGCGACAGCCCGCGACCCGGACCAAGCACCCAUCUUCAACCACGCCUCCAUGGCCCACAACACGCACUUCUUCUUCAAGAACCUCACGCCGGCCCCGAAACCCAUGCCGUCCGCCCUGGCCGCCGACCUCUCCCACAGCUUCUCCUCGCCCGAGACCCUGCGCCGGGAGCUCGUCCUGACCGCCUCGGCCAUGUUCGGCCCCGGCUUCGUCUGGCUCGUCAAGAGCCCCACCGCCUCCCCGGGCUCCGGCUCUUCGUCCUUUUCCUCCUUUUCCUCCUCCUCCGCAUCCUCCUCGGCCUCCUCGUCCGGCCUCCUCGGUGGCGCCUCCGAGCCCGAGCCGUCCUACCGCAUCCUCACCACCUACCUCGCCGGCACGCCGUACUCGGGCGCCCACUGGCGCCAGCAGCCGCAGGACAUGAACACCGCGGGCGCCCACGGCUCGGCCGCGGGGUUCAUCCGUAGCAGCCAGCGCGCGCAGCAGGUGGCGGCCCGCCCGCCUGGCGCGCUGGAGGUUGUGCCGCUGCUUUGCCUCUCGACGUGGGAGCAUGUCUGGCUGCGCGACUACGGGGUUGGGGGGAAGAAGGCCUUCGCGGAGGCGUGGUGGGAGGUGGUGGAUUGGGAGGCUGUUGCGGAGGCGGCUUCUAUCCGUGCGCGGCCGGGGUUUAAGGUGUAG